UCUUCAAAAAUGGUAAUUGCCCGGACGUAUCUUAUUUUUAUAGCAUCACUUAGAUUUAAGUAUUAAGUUUACAUACGUACAAUACUUAAAUGCUAAAUAGUAUUUUCAAGCACGUUAUUUCAAAGAACAAGAUAUAGAUGAGACGACUUAAAAUGGCGUUUGUAGAAGCAGGCUCAGUAGAUGAGUGUUUCGAAGAUGCAUUCACACCAGAAGAUUUUAUUAGAAUUUCCAAUAGCACAUACAUUGAGUAUUAUGGUACAUAUCCAAUUGAGAAUCAGAAUUUGUUGCAUACAGCAGCUUCAAAGAUAAAAAUCGAAAAAGUUGUUCAUGAGAACACAGAUAUAAAAAUAUUACCAGAAGUUCCUAUUAAGUGUAAGAAAACUAUCAAUGAAACCAAUGACAUACCAGUAAAGCAAACCACAGAGAUAAAAGCAAUGGAGGACAUCAGAAUUGUUGAUAAUAUAGAAGAUGAACCAUGCAAACCAGAAGUGGUUUCAUCAUGCGAAGAUAAAUUGUCGAAACUGAAAGCAUUACUCCAAGAAAAAUGUAAGAAGAAGACAAUGAAUAAUCACUCAUCUGAUGUCAGUAGCAAAGUAACAAUGCAAAGUAACGAUAAACACGUGAAGUCUUUGAAACCAAACAUGAAAGUAAAGGAUAAGUGCUUUAAAAAUCCUUGCCGCACAACCAGUAAACGUAAGAAAUGUAACCUCAAAAAGAGUAUACAAGAUGAUCUAUUAUUUGCUCAGGAGAUCAAUAUUGACACUUUGCCAAGCAUUGGAAAUUCUCCAUCAGUAAACUCUUUGGAUAGACUGUCUGAUACCUCUGUUUCAUUUGUAAAAACUACAGAUGUGUCUAAUGAUACAGAUGAUUAUUUUGAUGAAGUCAGUGGUCGUUUCCGUUCAACAUCGGCCACUGAAAGUGAAGACUCAUUCCAAAUCGUUUUCAGUGACAGUCCAAAAGACACAAGAAUGAGGAAGAUGUCAGAUUGCGACUCUGAAGACUCUUUUAUUGUGUUUGAAGAAUCACCAUACAGUUGUUAUACUUCAAAUGAUGUAUUUGGCGAUUCUGAUGAAUCCGAAUCGGAAUAUACAGAUUCGGAGGCAGAUUCGAGUGACACUGAAGACGUGCAAGAGACAAAACUUACCCAUACACUAUCAAGAACAAUGAGUGAUUUGACAGAUGGCAUUCUAUAUGAUGAAAACUCUUUAGAUGAAGUGGAUUGUGCUGUACGGAGUGUGUGUGAUGAGAUUCCGAACCAGGAAAUAAAAGACUUGACUGUUAAAGCAUCUGCAACAAACAAUACAGUGAAAUCUACAGGACUUCUCGUCAAUGAAGACCAGAAGAAGCAAAAACGAAAACUUCCAUCAAAGACUGUACGCUUUUCCACUGACCCUCCCAAAGUGCACGUGAUGCGAGUGUGGGCAUUCGCGGCUCGACAAGCGAGAGCCGGUCAUUGGGAACGCUGUGCAUUAGACAGAGACAGAUUCAAGCGGAGAAUCGCAGACGUAGAUAUGGCUGUAUCUUGGGUAUUGCACCCUAAACAUCGAGCAAGAAUCAUGUUCCAACGGUUCAUGCCCUCGUGGAACUCUCUGAAAAGAAAGGAAUUAGCAGAGAAGAAAGCUAGAGAAUACGAAGAAAGAAUGGAAAAGGAAGAACAGCAAAAGAGUGAGGCGGAAUCUUUGAAACGAGAAGAAAACUUGGUUACCAAUAACGAUUCAGUUAGUGAUAAUAUUGUUCAAGUUGAUGAUACAGAGCAGGAACAUAUAAAUUAUAGUAACGGUAAUGAAAUAUCUAACAAUGACACUAGAGUUAUUAGUGAUGUCGCAAACGAAAUCGAAAAUAACGAUAAAGACAAAGACAAAAUGAACAUUCUCAAAUGUAACGGUUUGGUUAACAAAACGGAGAUGGACGAUAAAUCUUUGUUGAAUGAUAAUUCAUUAAAAAUUGUUCUCGCUAAUGACCAACAAACUGACUUUACGUCUAUAUUGAAAAGCGAGGUGCUGUCUAAUACUUGA